AUGAAUGGUCAUGUAACACGAAAUACAAAUAAAUUAUUUUUAUUUUAUCUUGCUAACCUGUUCCGUUUUAUUUUAUUUAACUUAAUUCAUUUUACUCUUUUCUUUCUUUCAUUUUCUUUCUUUCUUUUCUUUCUUUUAACUUCAUCCCUUUUAACGUUUUUCUUUCUUUCAUUUUCUUUCGUUUAUUUUCUUUCUCUCAUUUUUCUUUCCUUUAACGUCAUCCUUUUACUCUUUCUUUCUUUCCUUCUUUCUUUCUUUCUUUCAACUUCAUCCCUUUUAUCCUUUUCUUUCUUUUUCUUUCUCUUACAUCUCUGCUCCAUUAUUUUUAUUCAUUUCUUUCCUUCUUCCUUCAUCAUUUCUUUCUUUCUUAAACCGCCUCUUCCUUGUUUAUAUUCUUUCUUUCUUUCUUUCUUUCUUUCUUUCUUUCUUUCUUUCUUUCUUUCUAUUUACAAUUGUUUUCUUUCAUUUCUCUAUAUUUCCCAACCGUCCGUUCUUCUCUUUUUUCUUGCGUCUUCAUUUUCUAGGAAUUUACACCUGCAGUCUCUUUCCUUGUCUUUUUUUUUUUUUUUUCACCCUAUCGAACGUAACUUACUCUUUUUUUUCCCUUUUCAUUCACUUGAUCUUCCAGGGCUUCCAUUUUUUUCUAUGACUCUUUCUUUAAUUCUUUCUUUCUUCUUUUUAUCCCACUCUUUCUUUUUGCCCAUCUCUCUCUCUCUCUCUCUCUCUCUCUCUCUCUCUCUCUCUCUCCCUCUUUCUCUCUCCCUCAUUCCUUCUUAUUUGAUUUCUUUCCAUCAUUGUCUCUCAUCUGUUGUUUUCACUCGAUUCUUUUCCGAAGUGGACAAACUGAAGAUUCCGCCAUUAUGUCACCGCACCCAAUCCUCAUACCUCCAGUAUCCUAUUUCCCUUUUCAAAUAUUCACUGAUGCGCUGA